AUGACCAGAGAUGGACUACAGGAGAGUUUCAAUGUUGAGCACCCAUGUCGGUUCUGCUUUGCAAAGAAAAGUGAAAUCCAGGAGAAGGAGGUCUGUUCAGGAGCAUUUGAACUGAGAACCAAGCAGGAGCAUGACAGUGGUGAAGAUGAAGCCAGCAUGGAGUCCAAAAGGAAGGAGAUGGUGGAAGACAUGAAGAAACGUCGUGUUAAUUCUGCACUGAUAGCCCAGAACAUGAAUUCUACAUUUGCCUUACUUAGAAAAGAACUGAUAGAGAAGGAGCCUGCAGUGAAGAAUACAGUGGAAAGGUGGCCAGCCCUUUUCACACAGAGUCAGAUUCUUACAGAGUUUAGUCGCAUAUCUGGCAAAAACUUGGAAUCAGAAUUCUUUCAAGAACUGGACAAGUUCACUCAACGUUUCAUCGAUAUCUUCAGGACUAAAGGUGGAGACAUUGGCGCCAAACUUAAGAAGAUUCUGCACCAGAUUGAAAAUGAUAAAUCCAACAUCAACGCCAGACGAACCGCCGUUCUUCGUGGACUACCAUUCCUUCUCGGGGAGGACCCCACAGAUUUUUACAAGACCUGUUUUGACUGUGACGACAAUGAAGACCUGUCUGACAUUACAAUUGGAAUUCUGACGGUGAUUCCUGAGCACUCUGCAACUGCAACACUACCCUACUCCCUGCAUCUUGAUGCCACAACAACAGCUAUUAUUUUGGAAGGUACCGUGGUUGUGGAUAACGUGGAAAAUCUUCCACAAGCAAUGUGUCUGCUCUUUGGACUGAUUUAUGCUCUAAACUUAGAGUAUCCUGCAGCUCUGAAGAGCACAUUUGAUUUCACACAGAGUGUGAUUUUGUCUCUUGGCCAUAAGUCACUCAAACCUAAAAUCCAAUCACUAAAAAAAUCGCUUGAUGCAGUAAUAUGUCAUUGCCAUGAUGUGAAUGUUCAGUACUACACUGAGUGUUUUCCAGUUGUUGAAAAGGAAAAAAAGUUUACUUAAUUUUAAAGUUAGUUUUAAAAGAGUUUUAUUAGAAGACAAUUUUUAAGAGAACUAUAUUAGGAAAGCUUUACUAAAUUUACAGACUGUUCAGUGUUUGCAAACUCUGCUUUUGACCACUUUGUAAAGAUGUUAAA